UUUCUUAUCCCAUAUAAUACUAAUACUAAUAAUAAUAAUAAUAAUAGUUAUCAGUAUUACAUUAUUUAAUUCAGCUAAAACUAAGUUCAUAAUGCAUAAAAGGUGAAACCAAAGAUCCAACAAAACAAAACAUUGAAUCACAAAGAAGAAAAGAGAAAAAAAAUGGUAAAGAGCAAGGUUUUAGUAGUGGGAGGAACCGGGUACAUAGGAAGAAGAAUAGUGAAAGCAAGCUUAGAACAAGGACAUGAAACCUAUGUGAUUCAAAGACCAGAGUUGGGUCUUCAAAUUGAGAAGCUUCAAAGGCUUCUCUCAUUCAAGAAACAAGGUGCUCAUUUGAUUGAAGCAUCUUUUUCAGAUCACAAAAGCUUAGUUGAUGCUAUCAAGAAGGUUGAUGUUGUGAUCAGUGCCAUCUCUGGUGUUCAUAUUAGGAGUCAUAGUAUUGGCUUGCAACUCAAACUUGUUGAUGCUAUCAAAGAAGCUGGUAAUGUUAAGCGGUUCCUGCCUUCGGAAUUUGGACUAGAUCCAGCAAGAAUGGGAGAUGCAUUGGAGCCAGGAAGAGUAACAUUUGAUGAUAAAAUGGCUGUAAGGAAAGCAAUAGAAGAAGCAAACAUUCCUUUCACUUACAUCUCUGCUAACCUCUUUGCUGGAUACUUUGCUGGCAGCCUCUCUCAGAUGGGGUCAUUUGUUCCUCCAAGGGACAAAGUUCAUCUCUUUGGAGAUGGAAAACUCAAAGCGGUGUUUUUGGAUGAAUAUGAUGUUGCAACAUAUACAAUCAAGACAAUAGAUGAUCCUCGAACCUUAAACAAAACAAUAUACCUUCGACCACAAGAAAACAUUCUGUCCCAAGGAGAACUUAUUGGAAUUUGGGAGAAACUAAUUGGAAGGGAACUGGAGAAAACAUACAUACCUCCUGAAGGCUUUCUCACAACAUUGAAAGGGUUGGAUUAUAAACUUCAAGUAGGAAUUGGACAUUUCUAUCAUAUUUUCUAUGAGGGUUGUUUGACAAACUUUGAAAUUGGGGAAGAUGGAGAAGAAGCAUCUGAGCUUUACCCUGAGGUGAAUUACACACGCAUGGACGAAUACCUGAAAAUUUAUGUGUAAAAUGAAAUAUUUCCACACGCGACAAUGGUUCAAGCACAGACAUGGUUGUUGGUUAAAAAUACAUUACCUUUAAGAGAUUCUGUAAACUGGAUAUCUUGGAUAUCAAAUGUCAAUUUAAUGUUUAAUUUAUGUUUUUCAA